AGAUACAAUUCAAGUUGAGAUUUCAUGGGGACACAGCCAAACCAUAUCACUGCUGAAUCAUAACCUUUUUUUUAAACAAGAUCUCCAUAGGAUUCUUACGCACAUUAAUGUUUGAGAAGCACUGAUCUAACAUAUUUUGUUUGCUUUCCCAUAGGGUGUACUCUACUCCCAGGGUGCCAGUGAUUUCCUGGAAUGAGUUUAAUUGAGGCUGUGCUCUCUCUUAAUCUGUUAAUCCAUCUCACAGCUAAUCCUUACAACAAACCUUCAAGAUACCUUAAUCCUUAUAUUGCAGAUGAGACAGGACAGGUUAAGUAACUUAUUUAAGGUCAUGCAUCUAGUAAAUGAUGAGGAUGUGGUACCUGGGUCUCAGUCUGACUGAUUCUCAAGUCUUUUGUUGUUGUUUUUCCUAUACUAUAUUGCUUUUCCUUGAACUUAAUCAUGGGUAACUGUUUAUGUUGGGAGAUGAAAGCCCAUUUAAACAUAAGGACUGUAAAAGACAGCCCUUUUGAGUGUGUUACAAGAAAAACACCUUUCAUUCCAAAAUUAUUUUAAAUACUGUUUUACACUUCCCGUGGGAUGAAGAAAAGAAGACAGAGUGAAGCAUCAUUGGAGAAACUUGGCAAAAUGGGAGAACUCUAUCCUGUCAUGCACACGCUUCAUCCUGCCCAUCAGCUGACUUUCAUCUUGUUGCUGCUGGGGUAGACCCCAUAUGUUCAAGCCUGUGUUGAGCCAGGUGCUAAGAGCAGUGCUGAUUGUAUUAUGUUGAGGCUGCCCAUAUGCCUCCAUGCAAACUGUAGUUCAAAAGCUGUAAAACUAUUUGCAUUUUCAGUCUAUCGGAUGGCUUUGAAAAAAAACAGUGCCAAUCAGGCUAUUUGGAUGCUUUAUAUUUGCCAAAAGACUGCAGAACUUAUUGCCAUCAACCAAUUAUCACGAAAUACUUAAUUUUCAGAAUAGUUACAUUUUCCAGGGAGAGUUGCAAGUGAAGAAACCCCAUAAAACACUGGAGAUGACCUUGAUUACCUUUGUUCUUGGAAAACCUUAUUUAGCUGGAAAAAUAGGGGAGAGGCUGGAGGAUUCUGGGUGGCUUUAGCUUUGGGUUUGUAACCCACAUGGACCUGUUUCAAGCUGGGUGACAUCUAGUGUGGGCUGUUCACACUGCACAGACAUUAUUAGGGAAUAGAUACCUAAAGUGAGCAAUGAUUAGGAGGAUGAAGUGAGCAUAAGGCAGUCCCAGUACCUUUAAGGUAGAACUGGGUGUAUGAGCGGGGCAUGCAGACACAGUUUUCAGCUGGGUGAGGAUAGGGGAAGAACUGAUGUUUCUUGAUUGAUCUCAGGGCUGUUCUCACACUUGCAGGGGGCUCUGUUGGCUCUUCCUUGUAAAGGGUGUAUGAGUUAUCUUUCCUGUGCCCUGGCCGGCCUUGCUUUUUCUAAAGUGAUGACCUUGAGGACCUUCAAGCUUAGGAGCUUUCAGAGCCGGAUUUGCCACCUGGGAGCGGAACCUGAUAGUAGCGCCCUCCUCGAGCGCUCCAUAGUCACUCUGUCCUUCCCUCUUGCUCUCCUCCUGACGUUAGCAGAGGACUGGGACUCGCGAGAGAGGACUCACGGACCUCCAGGACCUAUUAACUUGACAGACCCGCCCCUCUAUUCGAGCCAGCCCAACUCGGAGAACUCAGAGUCAUCCUCGAGAGUAAAGAAAGCUCUUAGAGUUGUUUUUUUUUUUUUGACAAAUCUAUCUUAAAUGUCAAUCCAAUAUCCACGGCGACGAGCCACAGCAGGUGAGAAACCUGGAAAUGAGCCUGAAGAGGUGAAGCUGCAGAAUGCCAGCAAACAGAUUGUGCAGAAUGCAAUCCUGCAAGCUGUGCAGCAAGUCUCCCAGGAGAGUCAGCGCAGAGAAGAGCGAAUCAGUGACAACAAGGACCACAUCCAACUGGGCGUUGGGGAGUUAACCAAGAAGCACGAAAAGAAGUAACAUGGUGGAUUUGGCUCUUGACAUGUGCUUGGUUUCUAGCCUUCCUCUUAGUAUAGGACGCAUCUCCAAAAUGUUGCCAGUAAAGCAAACCGAAGUGUCACCGGCACCUAGCUGUAGAAUGAAUUCGCACUAGCCCCUGGCUGAGAAGCACUGUUUUGAAAAAGUGCAUUAGACGAUUCUGUUCAUAUUUAUGCAGUGCCUCUGAGACAUAGUGGGGCCAAAUAUGACACUGUAAUUGCAAAAGUAGUUUUGCAGGCCAAUUUAUUUUUAAAGUUCUUUUAUUUGAAAAAAAGAAUUCUAUGUCUCGUUUAUUUACUUCUGCCUUUUAUGCGUUCCUUCUGUGAAUUUAACAAGCAGCCUUUUUGCUGAAAUACUGAAUACAAUACUGAGUUCCUUAUGAUAUAUUAAAAAGACAUGCUAGAAAGGUGAGGGAAUGGAGUUUUAGUUACCUUUCAAUGUGAAAUUGAAGGCUUUAAGCCGGUUCAGGUCUAAGAUCAAAUUAAGAAAAGGGAAAUUCUAAGGCUGAGUCCCUCGGGACCAUACCAAGGCAUUUACUAAUAUUUAUGUUAUUUUAAGAAAGGGAGGAGUUUAAGUUUCUCAAGAACUCAGUCUUUUAGUCUCAAUUCUCUGAAUGAUUUCAUAAUUGGUGUUUAUGCUCUGUGUAGAAAUCUUUUGGGAAUAUUAUGGAUUUCUUUUCUCAUCUCAAGAUUAAAUAAAAUAAGACAAGUGUGUCUACACAUGUGAGUUGCCAAUGACUCAUUUCCUUAGCAGCCUCAUGGAGAAUGGCUAGAAUUGUAGAUUUUUUCAACAGCUGCCUAUCGUUAAGAGACUUACACUUGGGGCUGAUUAUGGGGUGCAACAUCCUUGGAAGGGAUUCUGGGGUCUUUACGAACGCUGUUUUGCCACUAUGCUAUGCAUUUGCAUUAGGACCUUACUAACUUUUCCCAUCCACACAUUAAAUUUUUUUUUGAGAUUAUGAAAAUAAUACAGGUCAGGAAUACAUGAGAACACAAUGGGGACAGUAAAGUGACAGUGUUUUGAAUGCAGUGACAGAGAUAUGUGUGCAUACACGUGUAAUAAAGUUAUCUGUGCAGCAACAGGAUCAAUCCCUGCUCCACUUCUGUGAGGAUAAUGCACAUAUUUCUGGAGUAUCUACAGUCCCAUUUCCUGGGCUUCACAAAAGUUAUUGAAUUGGUGCUAUUGGGGACAGAGGAAGAAUUUGACCUUGGUUGAAAACCUUCUGGUUUCAGAGUAUCAAUAUCUACAUUUGAUUUUUUUAAAGCAAAGUAUUCGGGUAUAAAUUGUGACUGAUAUUAAGAUAUACUUCUAAAAUUCCAAUAUGCUACAGUUUCUAGAAUAAAUAGUUGGAUAAUAGAUAAUGAAUGAAAAAUAUCUUACCAGCUUUGUUAUGCUAUCUCCCACAGUGCACAGGUGGAAUAAA